AUGGGUCUGUUCAAGGGCAUAAACUUUUUAAAGAAUGGUAGCGAUCCUAUAGCGAAGCUUGAGGAAGAAUAUCCUUUUUGGCUUUGGGAAUUAUUGGAUGAGGAAAAACAAAAAGCGCAAAGUCAAGAUCCUAAUUCUAGAUCCUACCAUCGUAGGGAACGAAAGAAAAUGGUCAAGAAUAAUAAUUUUGAUAGAAGUAGGAAGAAGUGA